AUGAUCAACUUCAAUGACUUGUACAGUGUGCUUACUGCAGUUGUACCUUUAUACGUAACAAUGUUCUUAGCAUACGCGUCUGUAAAAUGGAACAUUUUCUCACCACAACAAUGUGGUGGAAUAAACCGAUUUGUCGCCAUUUUUGCUGUUCCUCUUCUCUCAUUCGAGUUCAUUUCAAGAAUCAAUCCGUAUAAAAUGAACCUCAAAUUCAUAGCAGCCGAUGGUGUUUCAAAGAUUUUGACAUUAAUCGUUUUGUUUUUAUGGACAAAUUUGUCAAAAAAUGGAAGUCUAGAUUGGGCUAUCACGAUGUUUUCCCUUUCUACCCUUCCUAACACGCUUGUUAUGGGAAUCCCACUUUUGAAAUCGAUGUAUGGUGAUGAUAAAGAAUCAAUCAUGGUUCAAGCGGUUGUGUUGCAGUGUAUAAUAUGUAACAGUAGCAGUAUUAGUAACAGUCAGAGAAAUGAUGAAAGUUUUUGGGAGGUUCAAGAAAGGGUGGAGAGAAGUACGCGAAAUGAAGAUGAUAUUGUUAAUGUAAUUCAGAGUCUUAAUAGGGUAGCACCCGCAAUCGCGACUGCAGUUGAUGAUGAUAAAAGAGAGUUGCAUUUGUUUAUUUGGCGUUGUAGGUGUUGCAGUUCUCCAGAUGUAUGCGAACAAUCGGUCGAAGUAUGCAAUAGAGAGAAUGAGAAAGCCGAGAGUGUUGAGGAACUGAACAUUAUUGAGUCUCCGGGGUCACCUUCAAUGUUAAAGAAAAUCUUGAAAAUGGUAUGCUUUAAGCUGGUGAAAAACCCUAAUUCGUAUGCGAGCAUACUUGGUCUUAGUUGGGCUCUUGCUUCUUGCAGAUGGGGAAUAAAGAAGCCACAGAUUCUGGAAAAUUCAGUUACCAUUCUCUCAGAUGCAGGCCUAGGAAUGGCAAUGUUCAGUCUAGGUUUGUUCAUGGCUUCACAACCGAAGCUUAUAGCAUGUGGGAACAGAUUAGCAGCCUAUGGCAUGGUGGCAAGGUUUGUAGCGGGACCCGCCGUGAUGGCAGUUGCUUCUAUAGGUGUAGGUCUAAGAGGCACUAUCCUACAAGUUUCUAUUGUUCAAGCUUCUUUACCACAAGGGAUUGUGCCCUUUGUGUUUGCUCGUGAGUACAACUUGCAUCCAGACGUUUUGAGCACUGCGGUCAUUUUUGGAAUGAUAAUAUCUUUGCCUAUCACAAUGCUGUAUUACAUCUUACUAGGCCUCUAAAAAAGGAGGAAAAGUUGAUUCAUGAGUGUUCAUAAUAUCAAAAGACCUAACUACAUUUGUCUAAACAAAGUAUUUAAAGUAAGAUUUUGUUUUUUUAGGUGUUAAUCUAUAAGCUUAUACUUUCUUUAACUAAUAUGACUGUAUUAGCUAGGUGUUCUUUCUUUUGACUUAAUGGAGAAAGAAUGAGUUAGUAGAGAAAGUCAGGGAAACGAGGCUUACCCAUUAAGUCCCAACUUUUUAUAAAUUGUCUUCAUUUACUUUUUUCUUCUAUUUCCUCAAGUGUGUUGUUAUUUUCUCGAGGAAUGGCAAUGUACUUUGAUUUCUUUCUACUACAACAUUGUACUUUUGAUUUCUCUCUUAUUAAAGCAUUGUAUCUGACAAUUUUGCUAUAUCAUAGCAUUGUAUUUUCAUUUUUUUUUUCUUAUUA